AUGGGCAUGCAUGGGCCUCUGACGGCCCAAGCUCUGGGCCGGUCGCCUUAUGAUGAUGUGGUCGAGGGGGAGGGAGAGGAAGAUCCUCGACAGCCUACCCAGCAGUACGACUACCGAGGCCGCCCAUUCAACCCGGAGACGAGACGCGUCAAUCGCGAGAUCGUGAGAUCUCACAAUGAGGUCAUGCUUGUGAUCGGCGUCGCCGAAGCAGAGAAUCCAGCCCUGAGCGCAGAAGCCGAGUCCCACCGGCGCCACGAAGCCUACGAAGAGUCUGUCGGCCUUUUUCUCGCCUCACCAGCCAAGCGCUGCGUCGAGGCAGUCGGAAUCUUUGGCAUCAAUGGCCUAAGACAUCGGAUCCUGAUCUACAAGCGGUACUCUCAGAUUCCAUUCUGGGAGCUCUUUCAGGCAGCCCGGAAUGACUUUUCUCUCUCACGAGACAUCUUCGCAGGUGCUUCCUCGAGCUUUUUCAUACACUACAUUGAAAACACCUUCAGACGCAUGCUCGCGUGCGACGCAGGCUGCUUGGUGCCAAGUCGUUUAACUCUUGAGAUCUGGAGCUAUAUCCGGAUUCACUUGGAGCUCCACGUUGCAUUGCAACACUUGGGCCUAAUACCCAACAAGCUGCUGCUUCCGAACCCCAAGUUCUUUAUCCCGUUCACGGACGCGUCCCCGAUCUCUGCACCUCCAGCUCCAGAGGACUUCAGUAUUCCAUCCUUGCUACGAUGGCUUGGCGGUGCCUUCAUCUCCACGACGCCCUUCAUCGUCUGGGUCAUGGCUCAGCGAAUGCUGAGGGAGUGGAAGCCCCAAAUUUGGAGCCAUGUCUUCAGGUGGAUUCCAAACACCAUGUUCCGUGGCAAGAAAGCCCCGCCGCUUCCGCCGCCGUCUUUGCCACCCCCUCCGCCGCUUUCCACAACCUUCCCGGGACCAUCACAGGGAGGAAAUGAGCAGCAGGCACCUGCCGGAGACGAGGGCACUCAGCAAAACGGCGUAUCUCGCUCGCGUGGUUCGGAACCUAAUCCCACUGACCCAGGCGAUGACUAUGCGAGCGACGAAGAUGAAAAUGAAGGUGUAAGCGCCACUCUCAUAAGCUUCGACGUCGAAGCCACCGAGUCGGCAGACGCCCCUCCCGGUCUGUGGUCCGCUGAGCUGCGCCCGAGCCAAUUCCAAGAACCGAGGACAUGUGCAUGCCAACAUCACCCCCUCUACUUGGACACGUUGCUCACCCAGCUUCCUGCACUCAUCGGGUCUCACAUCUUUACCGAUGCCAUCACCCGGCUCGUGAUGACGCCUUACGAAGCAACCGCCCUACGACUAGUUGCGCGGACGUUACGCCUGAACCAAGGGCUCUCGUCCCAGGACAUUCACGCCGCAAGUUUGCUGAGCGGGCUUUCCUGGACUACUGCCAUGAAUUUCUUCGCCACCGAGUUUCUCCAUCUCGUUUUAUGUGGAGAAGUCUGGGCUGCGUUCACAGGUAUCUCGCAAUGGUUUCACAAAACAGAGGAAGAGUGGAAAGCAGGUGAAGCCGGAACUUGA